AUGGAUGAAAUGCCCGAUUUAUCUCAUCUAACUCCGCACGAACGUAUGCAAAUCGAAAAUGUGCUCAUGCGACAGAAGCAAGAGGAAGAGAAGCAGAAUGAGAUUAUGCGGCGAAAGCAAGAUGAAGUUGUCACAUUGGAAAUGCAAAUACGUCAGCGUUCCGAACAGCAGAAGAAAGCCGGCGUUGAGCUUGAUGCGACCUGCCACAUAUGCCUUAAGACUAAAUUCGCCGAUGGAGUUGGGCACAUUUGUCAUUAUUGCAAUAUUCGGUGCUGUGCGCGGUGUGGCGGAAAAGUGACGCUUCGCAGCAAUAAAGUGAUAUGGGUUUGCAUACUUUGUCGUAAAAAACAGGAGUUAUUAUCCAAAACUGGGCAAUGGAUUAACAAAGCAGCUGUGCAACAAGAUGGUUUCAUAAGACGCAUCGAACCGGAUGGCAGUAGUGAUAUCUCCCAACAAGCAAUUGUAGAUCCACACGAUACUACAGAUAAGCGACCAAAACUAGAACGCACACGUAGUGCAGCCGAAAAAGAAAAUUUGCCAAUGCAAAGAACUGGAAGUGUGUUACGCCGUCAAUACUCACAGCAGGAGCAAACAACGAAUAGACGUAUGUCUGGCACGGACAGUGGGGUGGAUAUGAUAAGUCCUAACCAACGGCAGCGUAUGCAGCCUAUGAACCCACAGCAAAUGCAGCAGCAACAUCAAUACAGUGGACAUGGUAUGCAACAACAACAUACACAGCAUCAACAACAACAACGUAUGGGUGGUAAUUACGCUGACGAAGAUCCAAGAUUAUAUCAGGUGCGGGGGGGUGAAAUCGAUGGUUUGAUGCGUCAACAUCCACAUUUAGCACAUCCAAGUCAAGUGCAACAUCAACGACAGCAACAACAACAGCAACCAAUGCAACAUCAACAGCAACAACAACAGUAUCAACAGCAUCAUCAGCAACAAACGCAACAACAGCAGUCACAUUUUGGGCAACAACAGCAUCAACAAUCGCAACAUCCCAUACAAGCACAGCGAAUGCAUACCACAAAUCAACAACAUCCACAACAGCAUCAUCAACAAAUGCAACAAUCGCAGCAACAUUUGCAACAAACUACUUCGCAGCAACAGCAGCAACAUAUGAAUACGGCACAUCAUCAACAAAGGCUUUCACAUCAACAUUCCUACAAUCCCAGCCAAAAUGCAGCACUUCACGGAGCACAACUGCCAACGCCACCUGGUGGCUCAGCGCAACAGACCUAUCAAAAACCCCCGCCUAUAACACGUAACUUAACUAUAAGCGGUGGUCACGCUAUGGACUCACAAACCUACAAUCAACGACGCACACUCACUGGCACACAGUACACAACACAGCCUCAACGUUCCUUCAGCAGCUCCGAAGAGGAGAUCCAGAGUCACCUAAUGCCACAGGCAGCGCAGUACGAUUAUGACGGACUACGUGAACCUUGGCGUCAGCAGCGCAGCCUUAAUGAACGUGACUUACUUAGCGUUAGUAAUUCAUACACAGAUUAUCGACUAACCAACAACAAUCGACUAUAUUCAUCGGCAGAUCGUGACCGAUACGAUUUGCAUCGUGAACGUCUCGAACAGUAUCCGCUCACACGUACCGCGCGUCUCGAUGUACAGCAACGUAAUACAUUUAAUCGCACAAAUCACGAUCGGCAAACAGCAUAUAAUUCCAUUACUGGACUCUAUUCAAGGCGGGCACCGCCAUUAGCUACAGCCACCGCAACCGUUAGUGGUAGCAGCAGUAGCAGUAAUAGCAGCUACCAAACACAGCAGCAUCCAAAAAUUGUGAUAGGCGAUAAGGCUUAUGAACGAUACGGUAUAUCGGCAGCAACGAACGCAUUGGCUUCAACAACAACAAUCAAGGGUGAGGGGGGUGGCGAGCGCAGUUUAACUGGUACAUUAGGUCGUGAACGUAGUCUUGCUGUAGAUAAUUAUUGGGACGAAACAAUUCCGAAUACAAUAACUGGUGGCGGCAAAGUAACAGCAACAAGUGCGGCGCAGGAUUCACGGCGUUUCACUGAGCGUAGAAUAAAGAAAACGGUACGUUUCGAUGGGCAUGAUGAUGCACUUGCAUCAACUGGUGUUACCACAUUACCACCAGUUACAACAAUAUUGCCAUCAACAGCUGUGGAAGUGGGUGCAGCAAAUAUUUUGACCAGUGCUAAAUUAAAUGCCAACAACACUGCCAGCAAUAAUAGCAGCAACAGUAUUUUAGAUACAACCAACGAUUGGUCGUGCUGGGAUGCCGAACGUCAAGGUAGCCAAGAUUCAGCUACAAAAGAUUCGGGAAUUGAUACAAGUAGCACAUUCACUAGCAGCGAAGACUCGAAUCGUGGUGAUGGGCCAAAGCACCCAGUAAAUUGGCAAAAAUCAACGGAUAAUACUCGUAUGAUCGGUCAUAUGAUAUUGCGUAAAUAUUAUGAUGGCGAGGAUAUUCUAGGCUUAAAAAUAAACGGCGGUCAGGCCUUGUCUGGCAACGGCAGCAAUGGCAGUAGCGGUGGUUGUGGUGCUAUAGUGGAAAAGGUCAAACGCGGUUCAGUUGCUGAUCUUGAAGGACGUAUACGACCAGGCGACGAAAUAAUCGAAUGGAACGGUCAAAGUUUACAUAAUAAAACCGCUGACGAAGUCUACGAUAUUAUUGAUGAGAGCCGUUUAGAUGCUCAAGUAGAAUUGAUUGUUUCGCGACAGUUAACACAUAGUAGUGGCGGUAAUAGUUCAGCACCGAGUGUACGAAAAACAUCGCAGCCCAGUAAUAUUUUACCGAAUAGUAAUAUUGCUAGUAAUAUCGCCGGUAGUGCUGUGGUCAGCAGCGGUGGUCGUUAUGUGCAGCGAAAAGCACCGACUGUCGAUGCAAUAGAAGUUCAUCGUGAUAAGCCCAGCGUUUUAAUAACCUCACCGGGCUCACCGGAUUUACAUGCCACCGGUGGCAGCGGCAGUGCGCAUAGUUUGCGUCAAACGAAUGUACAGCACCAACGCACAUACCCAGCUGGAACACACACACAUCACCAACAACACCUGCAAAACACUUCCACACAACAACAUCCACAUCCACAACCGCAAACACAACAACGACUGGGACCAACGAACGCAGGUGCAAGCGUACAUAACUCACAAACCACAACGACGGCGGGCCAUCAUCAUCAUUGCCACCAACCACCACCGUCAUCGCAUACGCACACACAUAGCGUCGGCGCUGCACAUCAUGGAACCGCGGUACCAUUGCCAGUGGAAGGUCGUCUACAGCUCAAAUUGGGCUACGACCAAAAUACACUGCAGCUGAUAGUGACAAUUGUAUGCGCGACCGGCCUAACUUUGCGUCAGAGCGGCGUUGCGCGAAAUCCUUAUGCAAAAGUGUUCCUUUUACCCGAUCGUGGUACAAAAUCCAAAAGACGCACCAAAACCCUAGCUAAUACCUGUGAACCACGUUGGGGUCAGACAUUUGUUUAUACAGGUUUAAGACGUUGUGACUUAACGGGUCGUUUACUGGAGGUAACGCUCUGGGACUAUGUACGUUAUGGUGCUAAUGAUUUCAUAGGCGAAGUUGUUAUUGACUUAGCCCAUCAUAUACUUGACGACGAAGCUGAAUGGUACCAACUGCAACCUCAUCAGGAUACUUCAUAUCUCUUACAUCGCGAUGACCAAAACGAAGCAGACGUUAUGAUUUUGACACCAACAGACCAUUUAUCACCGCCAAGUACCACAUCACGUCUAAGCGAUUCGGAUACAAUGUCUGAAUGUGACAUCGAUGGAAUAACGCCCGGACGUGAUGGUGCAAGCAUUUCCUCCAUGGGUAGCUCAUCAAGUCCACCGCCUGAGCUCGAUUUAAAUGAACGUCGUUCAAGGCGUGACAUGUCACCUCAAGGUCGUAAAAGAGUGGCCGGCAUGGUAGCGCGUGAUUAUCGCACAGUAUCUGGCAUUGGACAAAGUUAUCACAAUCAGCAGGCUGGUUCACAAAGCGGUUACUUACGUCGCAAUGGUGCCACUACAGGUCCUGGUGGCAUGAGCCUUAGUCAACGCAGUCAUUCGGCAGCACCAAGCGAUAAUUAUCACGGCGUUAGUGGUGGUCACGGUUACUAUCGUAGCAAUAGUCCACGUCGUGGUUCACUCUCACCGCCAGACGAACGUUAUAUAGACUAUCAAGUUCUUCCAACACACGCCGCCGCUAGUACAGCGUACGGUGUACAAAGUGGUGGAUCGGGUGCUGUUGUCACUGGUGGCACAGCUGCAGCAGCAACUGGCGCAACAACACAACAGACGCGCUUUCAAUCACGUUCAGCAACUGCCACACCUACUGGUUCACCGAAGAAAAGACAACUGCCACAGGUACCGCAAACUUCACGCAGCGCAAUGCUUCGUGACCGCCUAGGACAAGAAUUUGACGAACGUAUAGCGGGCAGUCGCUUUAGUCGGCAUCGGACACGUCAACCGCACCAUCAGGCUACAUAUCGCAGCACCGGAAUGGGCGGCUGGGAACGUCAUUAUACUGGCCUCUCAGAUAGCGAUCUCCAUUCAAUGGAAUCACGCAUGCGUCCACGGCAUUCCCUGUCUCCGGAUAAGGAUUUCAUGGGCGAGUUCGGUGACUCCGAUAUGGAGUCUGUUGUAAGCGUAACCUCAAGUGCUUUCUCGACACAAUCAGAGCGGCCACGUGGUUCACGUGGACUAAGAAGCUUACCACGCAAUUGGCGCAUGCUGCUUGGCGCCAAUAAUAGCAACGGCGGCACUACACGUAGUCGCGUCGUCGGUCCGGGCGGUUUAUUUGAACGCUUCCGCGCCAAUACCAUUGAAGUCGAUGAUUGUGAUUUUUUACCAAAUAGUUUGACAACAGCACCAGCAGCGUCAGCUUUCAUGCAUACGCCACCACAGUUGCAUACAACAACAACAACAUCUACAGAACAAAUGCUGCUGCUCGAACAGCUUGAACAAUUACAACAACUUGCACAGUUGGCUGCAUCUGAAUCACCACCGAAUACAGCAAUGACCAAUCCACAUCCACAACUAAUACCAACACCACAUCAUUUAUUACAACAACAACAACAACAACAAUCACAACAGCAACCACAACUGCCAACUCAACUUAUGGUGACCGACAAUACCGGCAAUUUAGUCGAACAAAUUUUCGUCGAUACCGGCGAUACAAAUUUAUUAUUAUUGGACAACGACAUGGCCAUUAUGCCGCCAACAAGCAUGUUACAUCCACAAAUACAAACUUCACUACAACAACAAAUACAACAUCAAUCCCAACCAUCACACACUAUACCCACACAGCCAGUCCAUUCAUUUAAUCCACAUCAGUAUAUACCACACAUACCUGAUUCCAUACAUUUUCCAGAAUUUUUAACUCAGGCAGCUGAUUUCACUCAUUUCCCUGAUAAAAUGUUUCGCCGUAAUGGCAGUACCCAUACCAGUGGCGGAGGUUAUCCCUUUAUAGAUCAAUUACCCUCGUUUGAUCAAUUCAAACGUAUUACAACACCAGUAAUGAAUUUUUUUCGUCACCCGAACUCCACGCUGUCAACAGCUAGUCAUUCUCAUGCACACGAGCAUCCGCAUUCCAUUUCUACUUCGCCUUCAUCGUACGUCGGCUAUGUGCGUGAUCAUUUUGAUAAGUCUUGCAGUCAUUGUCAGAACGGCAGCCAACCGGUUGCUCUUUCGACAAAUGCUGCACUCACCACGCCCGGCAUUGCUAUCGGCGCUUGCGAUGAUCCGUUUUGCAUUGCGGAUGCUCAUCCCCAUCCACAACAUCAUCCGGUUUCACAUGCAUUUACUGCUGAGCAGUUACUGCGUCGGCCUUCACUUUCCAUGUAUCAACCGUUAUCUGAACCUUCACUGCCAACUAUGGACCCGGUAAUGUGCGACGAAUGUGUGGAUCAACAUUUUUUAACUGGUAUGACAGGACCACAAUGCGAUUUAGGUGCCGUACCAACAUAUCAUGUGCAUACACCAACACCAACUGCACACAAGAAAGCAAAAUCUACAUUAGCGCCACCACCUCAAUUACCAACGCAGUCUGUUUUACGUUUAUCACGACAACUAAGUGAAGAUGCGCUCAUUGCAGCUGUACCAAUUGCUGAAGCAAAAGCCCAACCUACAUCUAUACUUAAGAAACCGAAAGUUGGUACAGCUACUGGUACUACAUUAGACAGACGAAAAAUGUUUCAUGAAGGGCAAUCACGUUCCUUGGACUAUGAUGAUUUACAUACUAAAAGUUGGGGUAGACGUCGAAUACGUUAUGAAGAUGAAAUUGAAAAUCCUCCUCUGGAUGAUCUUUCUCGAACAUAUGGGUCUGAAACUAAUAUACGUCAAUCAUAUAUGGGCGCUAAUGUUGAUGCGAGAAAUCCACUCAGUCAUUCUCAUUUCCUAGUUACUGACGAUAAAAUAGUCACAAUAACUUAUGAUUCUGAUGUUGGAUGGACCAGACGUGGUGUAGCACCAUCACUUUUUCGUGAUCCUCGUCGUCGUUUUGAUGCACGUAAUGAACGUAAUCAUAUGUCAUUAGAUUUACAACGUACGAAUCAACAAAAACUUUAUGGCCCUACACUGCCUUACUUAAAACGACGACGUAAUUUACCACAUCCACCAAGCGCACAAAAUGCACACAACUUUUCUCCAGUUGAACCAGAUUCAAACUUACCAUUUCAAGAUGAAGCCAUGCUAACUGAUCCAACAGCACAUUCGUCUGCUACACUACCGCAAGGUGAAGCCUAUAUGAAUGGUUAUACAAGUGGUAGUGGUGCUGUUGAACGACAAGGUCCUAUUGGUGAACCACACGAUCCUAAUCGUUCAACAGCAACUGGUACAACAUCAACAUCAUACCAAGCACGUCAUUCGUCAAUAGCCUCAAAACGUAGCAAAUCAUCAAUGGCCACCGGUGGUCAACGCACUCGUGCAGAACAUUUACAACAUGAGUCAGGUAGUGAUCGCAGUAAUCUCGUUAGCAUUAAUGACCAACCAGAAUAUUUUGAAUACGAUGAUUACGGCGAUCAAAUCACAAAUAAUUCACACAAUAAUCGAAAUUAUCCAAUGAAUACAAGUAGUAGUAGUGUCGGUAGUAGUAGUGGUAGGCAAAAAGGGAAAGAAGUUUCAUCCGUCAUGGAACAACAGACGAAAUCUAGUAGUGGGAGUGGUAGUGGUGGUGGUGCUUCUUCUACUACUGCUGCUGGUAAUAUCGUCGUCGGUAGUAAUAUUGCUAAUAAUGCUUCUUCUUCCUCUUUUGCAAAUUCCCAUCAUGGUGUCGCUAACUCCACAUCACCUAAACGUGCCUCAUUGAAACAUACAAAUACAAUAAACGACGCAAACGAAAACGUAACGGUUGACGGAACAACAACAACUACUGUACAAACAACAACAACAACAUCAAAUAUUACAACAUCAACCUCGCCUGCCGCGGCAACAACUACAACAACAACGAAUAAAACAAAUACUGAUCCAAAUGCUACUGGUACUGAAUUAACCAAUUCUGAUGGAACGGCACUUGCCGACGAUCCUGAUGCGGAUGCACCACUUGAUGUUAUUGAUUGGGAUGCCAUUGAUGCGAUGUUGGAUGAUGAUUUUAGUGAAUAUGAUAAGGAUAAGAAUGGUGGUGAAGAAAAGAAAGAUGAAACAAAUUUCAGUCAAAGUGUUGAAGAAAAAGUUGAUGGUAGUUUAUCUGAUACAGCGACUGAUCGUAAGAAAGGAACUGUGGACCAAGAACGUUCUCCAAAGAGUGGUAGUGGUAUGGGUAAAAAAUCGAAUUCUACAUCACAGCUCUCAGCAACAGGUCGUAAAAGACGUAUGGGCUUUGGAAAAAAGGGUAAGAACUCAUUUACGGUGCAUCGCAGUGAAGAAGUUCUGCCAGGUGAGAUACGUGGGGCGCUAUCGCGUGGUUCAUCUUCAGAAGCAGAUGGUGGCGAAGCAUUCACCGAUGCUGGUGCCGGUAGUGGUGGGGACAGAUUUUCGCCGUCACUACGCAUGAAUGAUGGGCAGUUAUCAGAGUUUAUCGAUGGCUUGGGACCUGGUCAGCUUGUGGGGCGUCAAGUGUUAGGAGCGCCAUCCUUGGGUGAUAUACAAUUAUCAAUGUGCCAUCAAAAGGGUUUCUUAGAAGUAGAAGUAAUACGUGCUAGAGGCUUACAGCAAAAGCCCACAUCGAAAAUGUUACCCGCGCCCUAUGUUAAAGUUUACUUGGUUUCUGGAAAACGUUGCAUUGAUAAAAUGAAAACCUCCACUGCUCGUCGUACAUUGGACCCACUAUAUCAACAACAAUUGGUUUUCAAACAGCCGUAUAAUGGUUGUAUAUUACAAGUUACCGUUUGGGGCGAUUACGGGCGUAUUGAAAAGAAAGUAUUUAUGGGUGUGGCACAAAUAAUGCUUGAUGACUUAAAUCUAUCGAAUAUUGUUAUCGGAUGGUACAAAUUAUUUGGAACAACAUCACUGUAACCCUUACAUAGAGCUGCCUCAACCGCAGCUCUCACCAAGUAAAAUCUGUGUUGGAGGCUUUGUGUAGAAUUUCAACCAACGGCUGCCAGUUAAUGCAAAGGCUUAAUUUAUUAUAGCAGUUAUAUAAAAAUAUUAUAUAUAUAUAUAAAGUAUGAAAUUCCUGCAACUUGAAAAGGUAUAAAAUAUUACAAUUGAAUUAAAACAUAUAAAAAUAAUAUUGAA